UUCUGAUUUUUUUCUUUUUAUUCUUUUCAGUCCUUGAAUUUGAACAUGUCUAUCUUGAAAAUCUACCAAGUGCUUCAAUGUAUGAACGCAGUUACAUGCACAGAGAUGUCAUUACCCAUGUAGCAUGUACUAAGACAGAUUUUAUCAUAACAGCCAGUCAUGACGGGCAUGUAAAGUUCUGGAAAAAAAUAGAAGAAGGGAUUGAGUUUGUUAAGCAUUUUCGUAGCCAUCUAGGAGUUAUUGAGUGUAUUGCUGUUAGCUCAGAGGGGGCUUUAUUCUGUUCAGUUGGAGAUGACAAAGCAAUGAAGGUGUUUGAUGUGGUCAACUUUGAUAUGAUCAACAUGCUGAAGCUUGGCUACUGCCCUGGCCAAUGUGAAUGGGUAUAUUGCCCUGGAGAUGCCAUCUCUUCUGUUGCCACAUCUGAGAAGAGCACAGGAAAAAUAUUCAUAUAUGAUGGACGAGGAAAUAAUGAGCCGCUUCAUGUUUUUGAUAAACUGCAUACAUCCUCUCUUACUCAGAUACGGUUGAACCCUGUCUACAAAGUAGUAGUGUCUUCUGACAAAUCUGGAAUGAUUGAGUACUGGACUGGUACUCCUCAUGAAUAUAAGUUUCCCAAGAAUGUGAACUGGGAGUAUAAAACGGACACUGAUUUAUAUGAAUUUGCUAAAUGCAAGGCUUACCCAUCCAGUAUAAGUUUUUCACCUGACGGCAAGAAAAUGGCAACUCUGGGGUCUGACAGGAAAGUUAGAAUUUUCCGGUUCUUGACGGGGAAGCUCAUGAGAGUCUUUGAUGAAUCUCUGAGCAUGUUUACUGAACUUCAGCAGAUGAGACAGCAGUUACCAGACAUGGAGUUUGGGCGCCGCAUGGCUGUUGAGCGUGAGCUGGAGAAAGUGGAUGCAGUAAAAUUGAUUAACAUAGUUUUUGAUGAAACUGGACACUUCGUUCUCUAUGGAACAAUGUUGGGCAUUAAGGUCAUAAAUGUAGAGACCAACAGGUGUAUUCGUAUCUUGGGCAAACAAGAAAACAUCAGGGUGAUGCAACUAGCUCUGUUCCAAGGAGUAGCAAAGAAACAUCGUGCUGCAAUCACUAUAGAGAUGAAGGCAUCUGAAAACCCUGUUCUCCAGAACAUCCAGCCUGAUCCAACAGUAAUCUGCACAGCCUUUAAGAAAAACAGGUUUUAUAUGUUUACUAAACGUGAACCAGAAGAUACUAAGAGUGCAGAUUCUGACAGAGAUGUGUUUAAUGAGAAACCUUCUAAAGAAGAGGUCAUGGCAGCCACUCAGGCAGAAGGUCCCAAGAGAGUUUCCGACAGUGCCAUUAUCCACACAAGCAUGGGAGACAUUCACACCAAGCUUUUUCCUGUCGAGUGUCCCAAAACAGUGGAAAACUUCUGUGUGCACAGCAGAAAUGGCUAUUACAAUGGACACAUAUUUCACCGUAUUAUCAAGGGUUUCAUGAUUCAGACAGGUGAUCCCACAGGUACAGGAAUGGGAGGUGAAAGUAUUUGGGGAGGAGAAUUUGAAGAUGAGUUUCAUUCAACUUUACGACAUGACCGACCUUAUACACUCAGUAUGGCUAAUGCAGGACCAAAUACUAAUGGAUCACAAUUUUUUAUAACAGUGGUGCCCACGCCUUGGCUAGACAACAAGCACACUGUGUUUGGACGGGUGACUAAGGGAAUGGAAGUUGUUCAGAGAAUUUCAAAUGUCAAAGUGAAUCCCAAAACCGACAAACCCUAUGAGGACAUCAGCAUCAUUAACAUCACUGUGAAGUAAGAGAGAAAUUGAAGGUUCCAGCUU